AUGGCCGGGAGGGGCGGUGGCGGCAGCAGCGGCACCUCCCCGCCGCCGGGGCCGGGGGUGGGGGCAGAGCGGCGGCGGCGGCAGCAGCCCCAGCCCCAGGAUGCGCUGCCCGGCCCCAGCGCCGCCGGUGCCCUGCGCGGGGCAGAACGGCGGCAGCGGGCGGCGGGGAUGGCUGCGGCCCCAGGGCGCUGCCGCGGCCGCUGCUGCUGGCGGCGGUGGCGGCGGCGGCUGCGCGGGCGGCGGUGGGCGCUGGCGGCCGGGCUGCUGGGCGCCGCCGCCGCGCUCGCCCUGUACUCGGCGCUGCCCGAGCCGGCGCGGGCGGACGGCGAGGCGGUGACCGUGCUGCUGUGGUGGGAGCCUUUCGGCCGCCCGCGGCGCUUGCCCGACUGCCGGCGGCGCUACAACAUCAGCGGCUGCCGGCUCAGCGCCGACCGCAGCCGGUUCGGCGAGGCGCAGGCGGUGCUGUUCCACCACCGCGACCUGGCGCGGCACGGCGCCGAGGGGCUGCCCCGAGGGUCCCCGCCGCGGCCCCCGCGCCAGCGCUGGGUGUGGAUGAACUUCGAGUCGCCGUCGCACUCGCCCGGCCUGCGGGGGCUGGGCGGUCUCUUCAACUGGACCAUGUCCUACCGCCGCGACUCCGACGUGUUCGUUCCCUACGGGUACCUCUACGUCCCGCCGGCGCCCCGGCCCUUCGUGCUGCCCCGCAAGACGCGGCUGGUGGCCUGGGUCAUCAGCAACUGGAACGAGGAGCACGCCCGUGUGCGCUACUACCGCCAGCUGAAAGAGCACCUGCCCAUCGACGUGUACGGGGCGCGGGGGAUGGCGCUGGCCGAGGGCGGCCUGGUGGAGACCGUCUCAGCCUACAAGUUCUACCUGGCCUUCGAGAACUCCCAGCACACCGACUACAUCACCGAGAAGCUCUGGAGAAACGCUUUCUCCGCCAGCGCCGUGCCCGUCGUCCUCGGACCCCGCAGGGCCAACUACGAGCGCUUCAUCCCCCCCGAUUCCUUCAUCCACGUUGACGACUUCCCCAGCCCCCGGCUGCUGGCUACCUACCUGAAAUUCCUCGAUAAGAACAAACCCAACUACAGGCGGUACUUUGCCUGGAGGAAGAAGUACGAAGUCCACGUCACCUCGUUCUGGGAUGAGCAUUUCUGCAAGGUCUGCGAGGCUGUCAGGGCAGCUGGGAAUCAAAUCAAGACUGUUCGAAAUCUGGCCAGCUGGUUCGAAAGCUGA